CCACGAGGCCCUCCACAGCGUGGUGCCGCCCUUCAGCCCCGGCGGGGGGAGCCCCUUGACCCUACCGUGGGUCGGCGGCGCCGGCAGCGUCCCUACUCGGGGCUGAAAGUUCCCCCUGACCCACGGGCGUCCAAGCUCUUUAGGGCCCGAAGAGGCAGCGGCGCACCGGAAAAUACCGCGGGCUGGGGAGGGCCCGAUCCGCUUCCCACGGCGGCCCGGAUCGGGCGCCUGUAGAUCAGCCGGGGUGGGUGUGGCCGCAGGCUCGAGGGCCGGCGAAUUCAAAUCAGCAGCCGGGGCGGGGCCGGCGCGGAGUCUGGGAAGGCCGUGUAAGCAAAUCAAUGUGCAGGGUGGGGCCAGAGCACGGCCGUGAUGCCACCCGAGGUCCCGGCCAGUGUGGGUGCUGCCGCCUCCAUGGCCGAGGUGUCCCCAGGCCCCAGCGCCGUCCCGGCAGGACUGCCCUCGACACCCACAGCGACGGAAGGGGAGCCAGUGCUGCGGCCCGAGGCACCCCCGGCCUGCCUCUUCCGGGAGGGCCGCUGCCGCCAGCCCCACUCCGGAGCUCCCGUGCCGCCCGUCCGCCCGGCGCAGCCAGAGGUGGGGGCCAAAAAGCCGCCCCUGCGCACGGCCGCAGCCGUCAUCCAGCGCAUCCUCUGGGACCCGCGCCUGGACCCCGCCGACUUCUCGGUGGGCUACGCCGACCGCUUCCUGGGCGUGCGCAAGGAGCCGUUCAGCGCCUUCUGCUGGGACCAGCCGCUGGCGGCGCUGGGCCCGGGCGUGCUGGCCGUGCCGCAGCACCGCGUGCGCUACUUCCGCUGCCGCGGCCGCCUAGUGUGGGACCGCGCCUCGCGAACAGACCUGGUCUUCGGCUCUGGCUCGGCGGCCGGCCGCGGACCCACCAUCCUGGACUUGCUAGACAGCGAGGACGCCGCGGGGAGCUCGGAGCCGGCCGACCCCGAGGACCCCGAGCCUGGAGUAGAGAAGCAGGACGACGACCCCGGAACGCAGCUGCGGGACGAGGGAGCCGACCCCGCGGACUGAUGCUGGGACGAAGCCCCCAAGGGGAGUCUCGAACGAGUGCGGCGGCGCGGAGGCCCGCGGGGAGGUGGAAGCCUAGUGGGGUCCGGGAGCCUAGGCCCAGGCCAGAAGGACCCCACGCACUUAGUGGCCCUCAUGGUGACUGAGCCCAGCCUACAGGCGGAAGUGCCGCCGGCCUGCUCAGAGUUCCUGGCGCUGCUGCGGCUGGGGCCUGGGGAGGUGGCAGCGGCUGCAGCACUGAGACACGCCCUCCAGGACCUUGUACCCUUGAGUCCCCAUGUGCUCUGCGCCCCACCGACCCCCACACUGCAAGGCGUGGCUCUAGAGCUGAGCAGGAGGCCGACCGCGGAGCAGCACCCCCAUCCACCCUGGCCAGGUGCCCUGCGGUUCCCCAGUCUGCCUCCCCAAGCCUGGGUCCUGCCAGUGAGGAGCCGGGGGACCCAGCCGAAGGGAAGGGCCCCUGGGGCGACAGGCCAGAUGCACCAGGCACCGCAGACCGGCGGGGCAGAAAGGACGAGGCGAGCGCGCUCUCUCUCUCUUUAAUUUUGGCUUCUCGCAAGCUUCCAAAUGGUGUCAGAGCUCCAAGGAAAGAAUGAAGGAAGGCGGGAGGGGAGGGAGGGAGGCAGAGGAGGGACGCCUGGAAAGGAAGCCUGACAGUCCAGCGGUUGGCGAACUCAGCACAUCCUCCAGUUACAUGGCAGAAGAGGGAGGAAGGACCGAAAAGAAAGGGGGAGGAAGGAGAAA